AACAACAUUCAAAAUCAAAUACGAGUAUUGUUUUGUUUUGUGAAGGAAAAAUGAGUAAAUUUUGGACUUUGCUCACUCAUCUUCAUUCUGGUGCCGGGCCCUUGAUCAUGCUUCUUUACCCAUUGUAUGCAUCAGUAAUGGCAAUAGAGAGCCCAACAAAAGACGAUGAUGAGCAGUGGUUGGCAUAUUGGAUACUGUACUCCUUUCUUACUCUUUCUGAGAUGCUCCUCCAGCCUCUUCUAGAAUGGAUCCCAAUCUGGUACACAGUGAAGCUAUUAUUGGUAUCAUGGCUGGUGUUACCUCAAUUCAGAGGAGCUGCUUUCAUUUAUGAGAGAUUUGUGAGGGACAAGAUUAGAAAAUAUGCUGUCAAACACCAUAAGGUUGUCAAUGCCAAAGGCAAAAUCAAGUAAAUUUACUUUUAAGAGUUUCAGUUCGAGAAUGUACCACUUUUAUUCUCGAGAAGAGGCUUAAAGACUGUUUUUUAAUUUAUUUCUUUUCUAGGUUUGUUUAUUGUGAUUGUAUUAUAUACAUAAGUUGGGGGACUUUUUUUCAUUCUUUUUCUUGUUUGUUGGAGAUGACAAUAUAUCUUUCAUACAGAAAUAGCGCUUUGUCGUUUUAUUACGCUC